AUGUUCAACGCGAGCGCAAGCCCAUCGGAAAACUGCACUUUCAGGACGGUAAUCACCACCACGGUCAUUCCACUCAUCUACUGCUUCAUCUUCAUAGCGGGCCUGGGGCUGAACAGCGUGGCAGCGUGGGUCUUCCUGGCCGUGCCGAGCACCAAGAGCUUCAUCGUCUAUCUCAAAAACAUCGUGGUCGCCGACCUCCUCAUGAGCCUCACGUUCCCUUUCAAAAUCCUGGCCGAUUCGGAAAUUGCAUCCUCGCAGCUCAGCAUCUUCGUGUGCCGAUACUCUGCGGUUGUGUUUUAUAUAAACAUGUACAUUGGAAUAACGUUUUUUGGACUCAUAGGUUUUGACAGAUACUACAAAAUUGUAAAGCCUUUGUUUACCUCUGUUGUUCACACAAUUAACUACAGUAAGGUUAUCUCUGCAAUCAUAUGGCUCUUGCUAAUAAUUUUAUCACUUCCAAAUAUGAUUUUAACUAAUGAAAUCAAUGAAGCAAACUAUUCCGGAAACUGUGUAGGUUUCAAAAAUGAGCUUGGCAUAGAGUGGCAUAAGUUUACAAACUAUAUUUGCAUUGGGAUUUUCUGGAUUGUGUUUCUGCUAUUAAUCAUUUUUUACACCUCGAUAUCAAGGAAGAUAUACAGUUCCUACAAAAAGUUCCGCAAGAGCUCGGACGUGACCAAGAGGAAGACCAACCGCAACAUCUUCACCAUCAUGCUGGUGUUCGUGACGUGCUUCGUGCCCUACCACCUGUGCCGAAUCCCCUACACGCUGAGCCAGACCAGCGCCCGCUUCGACUGCCCCUCCGCGAGGGCGCUCUUCUACACCAAGGAGUUCACCCUCAUCCUGUCCGCCGCCAACGUCUGCCUUGACCCCGUUAUUUAUUUUUACCUUUGCCUGCCCUUUAGGGAAAAGCUGUACCAAAAGCUGCGCCUCAAGCUGAAAACUUCAGGCGAGGCUGAAAUUUCCAAAUCCAGAAGGACAAAUACAAUCCGGGAAAGCACAAACACGCUCUAA